CCUCCAGAGUUUUAUCAAAUCCACUUUCCCCAAUUCUUCUCCCAAAACUCUCUUCUUCUCGCUUCAGCCAUGGCAACCCUAUCUCUCUCAUCCUCUCUCAAACCUUCCCUCGUUUCGUCAAGACUCAGCUCAUCUUCCUCCGCCUCUUACUCUUCUUUCCCGAAACCCAGCAACCUCUCCCUCAAACCCGCCAAGCUCAUUUCACCUCCCUUGAGAACUUCCCCGUCGCCACUGAGAUUCGCGAACGCUUCAAUCGAGAUGUCGCAGACACAGGAGUCAGCUAUUCGCGGCGCCGAAUCCGACGUCAUGGGUCUUCUCCUUAGGGAACGAAUCGUCUUUCUCGGUAGCAGUAUCGACGAUUUCGUCGCCGACGCCAUAAUGAGCCAGUUGCUGCUCUUAGAUGCUAAAGAUCCUAAGAAAGACAUCAAACUCUUCAUCAAUUCCUCCGGUGGUUCCCUCAGUGCAACGAUGGCUAUAUACGAUGUGGUUCAACUUGUGAGAGCUGACGUUUCCACAAUUGCUCUCGGCAUUGCUGCAUCAACAGCUUCCAUCAUUCUCGGUGCGGGAACUAAAGGCAAGCGCUUUGCUAUGCCCAACACGAGGAUAAUGAUUCAUCAGCCCCUUGGAGGUGCGAGCGGUCAAGCUAUAGAUGUUGAGAUCCAAGCUAAAGAAGUUAUGCACAACAAGAACAAUGUCACCAGCAUCAUCGCGGGAUGUACUAGCCGUUCGUUUGAGCAGGUCCUGAAAGAUAUUGAUAGGGACCGGUACAUGUCUCCGAUUGAAGCGGUUGAGUAUGGUUUGAUCGAUGGGGUUAUUGAUGGAGACAGUAUCAUUCCUCUGGAGCCUGUUCCUGAUAGGGUGAAACCGAGGGUGAACUAUGAGGAGAUUAGCAAAGAUCCGAUGAAGUUCUUGACUCCUGAGAUACCUGAUGAUGAGAUUUACUGAAAAGCCAAGCCUCGUCCAGAACCAGGGAUCUUCCAAUGCGAAUGAGAGUCGUAAGUUUAGAUAAUUGCGGCCAGGUUUACGAAAUGGAAGUUGCCUCUGUAUCUCAUAUUUUUGCUUAUUCAGAAAGAUAUUUGUUCUUAAAGACUCUGUUGUAAGCAUAACGACUUAAAGAAGCUGUAGUUGUUCAUUUCAUUUAUCUUAA